CACUCAUUCACAUUCACAUCUCUCUUUUCUUUCUUCAUCAUAUCAUAUCAUAUCCUUCCCAUUCUUCUCUCCAAAUCAAAAUUUUGGAGAGAGAGAGGAAAAAAAUGAAGAAAGAAACUAAAAUUUCAAUGGGAAUCAUCUCAAAACCUCUUCAAGAUUCUACCAUAAACUCACCAAACAGCAACAAUGGCAGUGGUACAAUCAGCAUAAGCAGUGGUACUUCCCCACCAUUAACCCCAAGAUCUGAAGUAGCUAAUAACCCUUACCCAACAACCUUUGUUCAAGCAGACACUUCAUCGUUCAAGCAGGUUGUCCAGAUGCUCACUGGUUCCUCGGACGCCACCGCCAAGGGAUUCUCCAUACCCCCAAACAAGACCCCUCCCAAGAAACAAGGGUUCAAGCUGUACGAGAGAAGGAACAGCCUCAAGAAUGGGCUAAUUAUAAGCCCUUUGAAUUCCGGGUCGACGUUCUUGAAGCCGGAGGUUCUGUCUCCGAGCAUUCUUGAUUUUCCGGCGCUCGUUCUCAGCCCCGUCACGCCGUUGACCGAUUACCCGUUCGUCGACAAGUCUUCGUCCGAGGAGGAGAAAGCGAUUGCUGAGAAGAAGUUUUACUUGCACCCAUCUCCGAGGACCGAAUCUCAGCCGCCGCAGCUCCUCCCUCUAUUCCCGGUCACUUCGCCCCGAGUUUCCGACACUUCUUCUUCUUCUUGAGGAUAGUUAAUUACUUCAAUGCCCUUCUCAUCUAUGGGAACAGAUAGGGCUAAAAGAGUUGUUUUUAAUUCUGUAAUUUGAUUUCAACAAAGUAAUACCUCUUUCUUUCCAUCAUUUGCCUCA